GUAAAUUAGGUAUCGCAUAUCAGCGACAUUAGACAUAUAGAAGUAUGUAAUAUUAUAGAAUUAAUUCCGGCAGGCACACGUACAUAGAAAAAAACAAUUCCGUCCUUAGAGGUUUAAAUUAAUUAAUGCAUUUUAAAGAUUUUAUGUUUUUAUAUAUCAGUAAUUACAAUUACAACAAUGUUAUUGUUGUUGUAUCAUCAUUUCAUUGUUUAUCAAAAACUGCAGACCUUUUUUCAGUGUAUGGUUAAUGGGAGCAAUAGGAUGUACAGGAAAUCUUAUAGUUCUUCUUUGUCGACGAUUCGCUCCCACUACGAAUGUCGUUCAUUCCCUAUAUCUUAGAAAUUUAGCUCUGUCUGAUCUUCUCAUGGGAAUAUACCUCUUCAUUAUUGCUGCGGAAGACCAAUAUUAUAGAGGAGUUUACUUGAGUUACCAAUAUAUCUGGAGGCAUAGUUAUGUUUGUAAAUUAUGUGGUUUCCUGAGCACGUUGUCAUGUGAAUCGUCAGUUUUGAUUUUGACACUGGUGACUUGGGAUAGAUUUAUAUCAGUUACUCAACCACUUGUGAGAAAACAGCCAUCGAAAAAAGUUGCCGUAAUUACUCUCAUCACGUUAUGGAGUUUUUCAACAGUCAUUUCGCUCGCUCCGCUCAGCGAUAUAACCAGGGGCUACUUCGGAGAUGAGUUUUAUGGAAACAAUGGAGUUUGUUUAUCUUUGCAUAUACACGAACCCUAUGCAAUGGGAUGGCAGUACUCAGCUGCAAUGUUUAUUCUAAUCAACACAUUGGCUUUGGUUUUCAUCUGUUACGCUUACCUGAGGAUGAUAAAUGAAAUUAAGUCCAGUGGCGUUGCAUGCAGAUCGACAAGACAAAGUCAAGAUACCGAUAAAGUUGCGCAAAGAUUUGGUAUCAUCGUGUUUACUGAUAGUCUCUGUUGGGUACCUGUCAUUUUAGUAAAAUUGGUAGCCCUUUCAGGUUUGCCGAUACCUCAAGAUCUUUACGCAUGGUUAGCCAUUUUUGUACUACCCAUAAAUUCAGCAUUAAAUCCAGUGCUGUAUACUUUAACAACAACGGUGUUCAAAAAACAGAUAAGAAAAAUGUUCCGUUCGUGCUGUCGAAGGAAAUCUGAUCCACAGCAUACAGCCUCCGAAUCUGGAUUUAGCCUCAGUUUUGGGGUCUUUCCAAUUGGGGGAAGCACCAAGAGAAUAUUAAGUUAUAGAGGUACUCACAGUAGCAGUUUGACUGGAAGUAAAACCAGUUGUAAAAGAUCAACAGCAGUGUGAUAUAAUCCUCCGGAUACAAUAGCCUAAAUACACCAGAAAUACAAAAGGGGAAUCAAACGUUUCAAACAAUAGUUUUUAAAUCAAGUAGUUUUAAUGUAUAUUAAAAAGUGAUCCACAUAAAAUAUUUCUAAACUGACACUAAAAAAAUAAAAUUAAGAAUUAUUGUUGGCUAAGAUAUGUGUUAAUUUUUUCAGGGCCUACUUUGGAAAUCUUUUUUUGUGAAUCACUCCAUACAUCGAAGGCAUCGAAUGUUUGACAGUGUUUAUAUAAUUACCUGUAAUUUUUUACCUUUAUAGAUGUAAGUGUUAUAAUUACAACAAAAGUAGAUAUAAAUGAUUGCAGAC